GGCGAGGGGUCAGGCCCAGUGCGCCUCUUCCGUGGGCCCGUCCAGGAACCUGCGGGAUCCAACGGGUUUUCAUCACGAGGGCUUGUGUAUUAUUGUUAUUACUUAACCUGAUAGGAAAUCUCCUUCCAGAAAGGAGAUGAGUCAAGCUCCCGAGCAUGGACAAGUUGGUCCUCAGGGAGAACAGGAGCACGUGAGUGUGCAUAUCGAGGCGUCUAGCUUCACACCGCAGCACGAAGUUCUGGAGCCGCAGGUUCCACAACCGAAUGCUGUGCCACAAGCGGUUCCUUAUUUGCAGCCGCAAAUUGCAGCCAACAUGCUCCAGUUCCUCCAGCAGAUGGCCGGGGCGUAUGUACCACCACCGUCACCUCCUGUGGUUGUGGUCACGAUUGAGAAGCUGAAGAAGAACGGAGCCGAGGAGUUCUGUGGCGACCAGAUCGCGGAACCCAUGGCCGCGAAGCGCUGGCUCGAGCGUGAUGCCGCCUACGACUGGUGGAAAUGCGCAGGAGCGAACAUCCCGGAGCCGGUGCCGUGGGCGACCUUCGACGAGCUCUUCCGUGAGGAGUAUGUGCCCGAGCACUUCAUGGAGGAGAAGCGUGACGAGUUCAUGAAGUUCACGCAGGGUGAACUUACGCUGCUAGAGUAUCGCCAGAAGUUCGAUGAGCUGGCCGAGUUUGGUCGGGACUUGGUGCCGACAGUGGAGAAGAGGCGUUGGAGUUACCGACGGCCUUACUCAGGAAGGCUGAGUAUGAGCAGUCCCAGACGACGCAUCCUUGACCGCCACCGCCAUCCAGAUCCGGCUCGAGCAGCAAGAGGCCUCCUCACAUACCGAGCAACUCGCACUCGAGCAAGAAGGUUAGGUCCGCACCAGCCCUGUCGUCAGCACCCACUCAGAAAAGUGGGAAGAGCCAGAGUCAGAGCGGAUAUCGGAACUCGAUCUGCAACCUUUGCGGCCGGAGGCACUCUGGCGAGUGCUGGUUCACUCAGGGCCUAUGCCUUGGGUGUGGACAGGCCGGGCAUUACCGCAGGAACUGCCCGACGAACCCUGGCGAGGUGUUCCCGACAGUGCCCGCAGCUGCAACCUCAGCUCCAGCCGCCCAGCCCGCACCGAGUCAUAAGUUCCACAUUGUCAUAUCUGUGUACAUCUAUGCCUGUAUCGUCUAAUAUUCCGAGAGAGAACCUGGAAAAUCCGGUGAUUGUGUCCAAUCCGUUGGGACACAGUCUAUGUCUCAAAUAUAUCUAUCCUGACUGUCCGCUAGUUGUGCAAGGGAAGAGCUUCCCUGCAAAUCUGAUAGAGCUCCCACAUCGAGAAUUCGAUGUUAUCCUCGGCAUGGAUUGGCUUACAGCCAAUCAAGCCGUUGUUGAUUGUGGCGCACAUACGGUACAGCUGAAAGCCGAAGAUGGUAAUGACGUUCUGAUCCGUGGCGAGCUUUUCCUGAAGGCUCCUGAAUUUAUCUCAUAUAUGCAAGCUCGCCGCCUCAUACGCAAGAAAUGCGAGGCCUUUCUUUGCACCGUCCGCGACACGCAGCUAGAGACACCUGGACGGGAGGAAAUCCCUACGGUGUGCGAGUUUCCAGACGUAUUUCCAGACGAGCUGCCCGGACUACCACCCCCGAGGGAGGUAGAGUUCUCCACGACUUGGUUUCGGAGCAGCGACAAUUUCUACAGGCAGACUUGUGAGCUCGCCUCUCGGGGCGAGAAACCCGACUUCUCUGUCCGUGAGGAUGGUGUCUUGUUGUAUCGGGCACGUGUGGUAGUGCCAGUGGGGGAGGUAGGCAAGAGAACCAUGGAGCCUGACCCGGAUGACUGGGUGAUAGGAGCUGCGGAUGAACGACAGUGCGGGCCAGAUGAAUUACUUAUUUGAUUUAUGAAAACGUUUUGGGCAUGAACCCACCUUUUGUCGCAUUUACGUUAUUUAUGACCUAACAAUUUUACUUACAUUUACUUCCGCUAUAAACUUCUUUUAAGUGAAUCCAUCCUCAUCAUUUAAUAAAGCAUGUCAAGGGUU